UGAAAAUUAGAACAACAGGCCAAUUAUUCCCAGUAUAAAUAUCACUCGUGUUCACUAGUAUCAAUCACCAACAACAAGAAAAAGCAAUAUUCUAUCUAGUGAAAGAAUAUUUUUAGAAAAAAAUUUAAAAAAUGGUGCAAGAAGAGAUGAGAAAAGGUCCAUGGACAGAACAAGAAGAUCUUCAGCUAGUAUUUUAUGUGAAGAUGUUUGGUGAUCGUCGCUGGGAUUUUCUGGCGAAAGUUUCAGGUUUGAAAAGAAGUGGAAAGAGUUGCAGAUUACGAUGGGUUAAUUACUUGAAUCCAUCUCUCAAACGGGGCAAGAUGACCCCUCAAGAAGAACGUCUUGUUCUUCAACUCCACUCCAAAUAUGGAAAUAGAUGGUCAAAAAUAGCUGGAAAAUUACCAGGACGAACUGACAAUGAAAUCAAGAACUACUGGAGAACACACAUGAGAAAGCAAGCUCAAGAUCAGAGGAAGAAUAAUACUAAUAAGGCCUCAAUUUCUCCAUCUUCAUCCAAUUUCUCCAAUUGCUCCUCUUCUUCUGCCAACAGUCCUGCUGUGGAUUCCAGUACUGAAAGAAACGAUUGCGUCGAGUUGUUGCAAGUUGCUGGAGAAAAUAAAAUAUAUGAAGGGGAUGAUCAGAACAUGAUGGUAUACUCCAUGGAUGAAAUCUGGAAAGAAGUCGAAUCAUCUGAAGAAAUUGAAACUAGGAAUGAUUUACCAUCAAACACAUGGAAUUAUUGCCCAGAUUCACUAUGGAUGACUCAUGAUCAUUAUUACUUUGACAAUCAUCAAGAUUUCUCAUUUUUUACUGCCUAAUUUGGAACAAUAACAACAUAUUCAGUGUAAUUCCAUGCACAAGAGAUUUGAGAAAGGUAGAGUGUAUGCAACUAUCUCGUGGAGGAAAUUAAAAAUAUUUGUUUCUUGUAGAGUUGGAUUAGGUUUGUGAGAUAAGUAGUACUAAUAUUUAGCAAUCACUCUUUGUAUAUAGAAAAUCAUGAUCAGAAGGCGCUCUGCUCUGAUCUAUUUAAAUAAUUAUUAGUGUUUACGAGGCUUAAUUAGUUGUAUUACUUGAGUAUAUAUAUCUCAUGUGUGGCUACUCAACAUGUCAUAUCUAAUGAAGAUCUUUAAUUUCCCCUAA